UUUAUCUGUCCUUUUUAUUUAGGCCAUGUGAGGUGUGACAAUGGAUGCCCAAAAUGACCACAGCGCUCCACUACAGCGGAACGACGGAGAGAGAAGAGAACCCAAGACGGGCCCGCUGGGCACCAUUCAAGGGAAACCAAGAGGGCGAGGCAAAGCGGUGACCAUGCCUCGCAACCGGGCCUUCUCGGAGCCCGAGUACUCCGCCGAGUACUCCGCCGACUGCUCGGUCACCCUCCCCUCGGACGCGGGCCAGGCGGUGGGGCGCGCCCACGAGGUGACGGUGCGGAGCUCCGGGUGCUGCCUCUGCCUGCCGCGCUUCAUGCGGCUCACCUUCGCCCCGGAGUCCCUGGAGAACCUCUACCAGACCUACUUCCGGCGGCAGAGGCACGAGACCCUGCUGGUGCUGGUGGUGUUUGCGGCCCUCUUCGACAGCUACGUCAUCGUCAUGUGCGCAGUGGUUUACACCGGGGACAAGCUGGCCUCGGUGGUGGUGGCGUCGGUCGGGCUGGCGGCCGACGUGGUCCUCUACGUGCUGUGCCGGUACGGCCUGCUGCCCGACCGCGUCUCCCGCCGGGUGGUGCCGUACGCCCUGUGGGUGCUCAUCGGGGCGCAGAUCUUCUGCUACCUGGGGCUGAACUACUCCCGCUUCCACCAGGCCAGCGACACGGUGGGCUGGCAGGCCUUCUUCAGCUUCUCCUUCUUCCUCACGCUGCCCCUGAGGCUCACGCCCAUCGUGCUGAUCACGUCCGUGUCCUGCGGGGUGCACACCCUGGUGCUGGGGGUCACCAUCGCACAGCAGCAGCAGGAGGACAUUCAAGGGGCCGCCCUGGGUCGACAGCUCCUGGCCAACAUUGUGAUCUAUGUGUGUGCCAUCACCGUGGGGGUUAUGUCGUACUACAUGGCUGACCGAAAGCACCGCAAGGCCUUUUUGGAGGCCAGACAGUCCCUGGAAGUCAAACUCAACCUGGAGGAGCAAAGCCAGCAACAGGAACGGCUGCUGCUAUCCAUCCUCCCCAAGCACAUAGCAGACGAGAUGCUUCAGGACAUGAAGAAGGAAGCGAGCCAGAAGGAGAUGCAGCAGUUUAACACCAUGUACAUGUACAGACACGAGAACGUCAGUAUUUUAUUUGCAGACAUUGUUGGCUUCACCCAGCUGUCGUCCUCGUGCAGUGCCCAUGAGCUGGUCAAGCUGCUCAACGAACUGUUUGCCCGCUUUGACAAGCUGGCCGCGAAGUACCACCAGCUGAGAAUCAAGAUCCUAGGGGACUGCUACUACUGUAUCUGUGGCCUGCCUGACUACCGGGAGGACCACGCCGCCUGCUCCAUCAUGAUGGGCCUGGCCAUGGUGGAAGCCAUCUCGUAUGUGCGUGAGAAGACGCAAAAAGCUGUGGACAUGCGUGUGGGCGUUCACAGUGGUACGGUCCUGGGGGGCGUCCUGGGCCAGAAGCGCUGGCAGUAUGACGUCUGGUCCACUGACGUCACCGUGGCCAACAAGAUGGAAGCAGGGGGGAUACCAGGUCGAGUGCACAUCUCUCAGAGCACCAUGGAGUGUCUCCACGGGGAGUUUGAGGUGGAGCCCGGGAACGGGGGCGAGCGCUGUGACUACCUGAAGGAGAGGGGCCUCCACACCUACCUGGUGCUGGUGCCCCCCAAGGGCCCCGCGGCCAAGAACGGCAUCAAUGGAGUGAAGCUGUCUGUGACGUCAUCCAACGGCAACUCCCCGCUGCUAAUCAACACCACAGAGUGCAACGGGAGCAUCAACACAGCCUGCACCACACCAGAGGAACCUGAGGAACUGGACGCCAGGGUGGUGAAUCCGUCGUUUCCUAACCCGCGACGGCGACUUCGUCUGCGAGACUUGGCUGAGCGGGUAAUCGACGCCCGCGAGAACGAACAGGAGCUCAACAAACUGCUGAACGAAGCUCUGCUGGAGAGGGAGACGGUGCAGGCUCUGAAGGGCAAACACACCAACCGGCUGUCCCUGCGCUUUGUGGACCCCGAGCUGGAGACGCGCUACUCUGUGGAGAAGGAGAAACAGAGCGGAGCGGCGUUCAGUUGCUCCUGUGUGGUCCUGCUCUUCACCGCCGUCAUGGAGGCCCUCAUCGACCCACGGCUGAUUGCAAACUACAUUACCCUUGCUGUGGGAGAGGUCCUGCUGCUUGUCCUCACUAUCUGCUCCCUGGCAGCCAUUUUCCCCAGAGUUUUUCCAAAGAAGCUGGUGUCUUUCUCCACAUGGAUAGACCACACACGCUGGGCCCGCAACACCUGGGCCAUGGCGGCCAUUUUCAUAGUUACUAUGGCAGAUAUUGUUGACAUGCUGAGCUGCCUGCCCAUCACCCCGGCCUCAGGCAGCACCCUGGCCCCCCCAUCCUCCACCACAGUGACCGGCCCAGACAACUGCCUGGAGAACCCCAAGUAUUACAGCUACAUCGCUGUCUUGGCGCUCAUGGCAACCACCAUGCUGGUCCAGGUCAGCCACAUGGUUAAGCUCACGCUCAUGCUCCUCAUCACCAUAGCAACGGGCAUCGUCAACAUCUACAGCUGGAGGGACAUAUUUGACCGAUAUGACAUGGCCCGUUUCCAGGACUACAGGUCAUCCCUCGUCCCCUCAAAGUUCACAAUGACAAUAAUGAUCGUCGUUAUGAUGAUCAGCUUCUACUACUUCUCUCGCCACGUGGAGAAGCUGGCCCGGACGCUGUUCCUGUGGAAGAUCGAGGUGCACGAGCAGAAGGAGAAGGUGUACGAGAUGAGGCGCUGGAAUGAGGCGCUGGUGACCAACAUGCUGCCGGAGCACGUGGCCCGCCACUUCCUUGGCUCCAAGAAGAGGGAUGAGGAGUUGUACAGCCAGUCCUACGAUGAGAUCGGUGUGAUGUUCGCCUCCAUCCCCAACUUCUCUGAUUUCUACACGGAGGAGAGCAUCAACAAUGGGGGGAUUGAGUGUCUGCGCUUCCUCAACGAGAUCAUCUCGGACUUUGACAGUCUGCUGGACGAGGCCCAGUUCCGCUGCAUCACCAAGAUCAAGACCAUAGGCAGCACCUACAUGGCCGCCUCAGGGGUCACCCCGGACGUCUCCAACGGUUACGCCUGCUUGAAGAAGGAGGAACUUUCUGACCGCGAGCGCUGGCAGCAUCUGGCAGACCUGGCGGAUUUCGCUCUUUCCAUGAAGGUCACCUUGAUGAACAUCAACUAUCAGUCCUUCAACAACUUCAUGCUCCGUAUCGGUCUAAACAAAGGAGGAGUAUUGGCUGGAGUCAUUGGUGCGCGGAAACCCCACUACGACAUCUGGGGGAACACUGUGAAUGUGGCCAGUCGCAUGGAGUCCACGGGGGUUAUGGGGAAUAUUCAGGUGGUGGAGGACUGCUAUAACAUUCUGAAGGAGUAUGGAUUCCGCUUUGUUCGAAGGGGUCCAAUCUUCGUGAAGGGCAAAGGGGAGCUGCUAACUUACUUUCUCAAGGGAAGAGACAAGCAGGGCUCCUUCAUAAACGGCUCUUCGGUCACCCUGCCUCACCAAGUGGUGGACAGCUAAAGACCUUGCCUGCUCAGGAUGGCCCACACACAGACACGACAGACACACGCAAACACACACACACACACACACACACACACACACACACACACACACACACACACACACACACACACACACACACACACACACACACAUAGAUACACACUCCACAAAUCUAUUUAUUAUAUCUGGAAUGCAUGAUGGCGGGUUGUAAGAGAGAAUUUUUGAACGAAGCGAUUUGUCUAGAAAACAUGCUUGUUUAAACAUAAACAUUUUGAUACAUGGUCAUGUUCGCAAAGAUAAGCAAUUUAAAACACGAAUGAAAUGCUAACAGUGGACCUGUGAUAAAAAAGUACACUGCUGUAUAGACACUGUUUCUCUCUCCCUCCCUCCUUCCCUCUAUCUUUCUUAAACAGGAACCUAUAGAUAACCUGAUCGGUACAUUUGCCUUCUUAAAACAAUCUAAGUAACUUAAGAUGCCAUCUACUCAGCACACUAACCAAAAUGGCUUUUGGAAAGAGGAUGGGAUAUUUAACAUCUCUUGCCCUAUUUCUUCCUCUACAAAUGGGACCGACUCAUCGUUGACCAGUUGUCCUCCUAAAUUGACUUGUAGGGUUAUUAAGUGUUAGGCCAAUACUUAGGCCAAAGUGUGUUGGUGCCAAUCAAACUAGCACAUACCUGCCUCUGCCGGUGUGUGUGUGUGUGUGUGUGUGUGUGUGUGUGUGUGUGUGUGUGUGUGUGUGUGUGUGUGUGUGUGUGUGUGUGUGUGUGUGUGUGUGUGUGUGUGUGUGUGUGUGUGUGUGUGUGUCCACUCCCAUGUACCUUUUUUAUGUUUUUUUUUCUUCAGUCAGAAUUCAUGAUUCCGGUUCUCUUCAUGAUUGCGGUCUGGAUUCAUUUAAAAAUAGCCACCCUUAAAGGUGGGAAUGCCUGGCCAAGCCAUGCUUUUGCUUCUGUUUUGCCCCCACCCGGUCUGCUUGCAGUGUUGUGUCGCUCGCUACCACGGUACCAUCGUCUCACCAACACUACGGAGCGCGACAAAGGGUCACCCGGGACAUUGGACGUUGAAUGUUUCUGUGUCCCUGAGUCAAUGAUGGGGUUAGUGGUAAAGAUACACAUGGGUGGUGUUUAACCCAUGUAACUUUCCAGAUAAAUAUGUAUUAGUAUUCAAGGAAGGUUUUGGGGGAUUUUCUUUUUUUCUGUUUGACACCCGACUUGGGCAGGCCACUGAGUACGGAAUCAGAAAUGUUUUUGUUCAUGUGAAUGUGAGGGGGACACUAUUUUAGGGAGUGUCUGCACUUUCGGUUGGUUAAUUGUAAAACCCUCGUUCCCCAUGAGUCUUUCACAGAUAUAACUACAGUGCAAUAGUUUAUUCUUCUACAACCCUGAUACUGUUCUCCCUAAAGGCAAAGUCAAACAUCCCUUCCUUCUUAUUUCAUAUUUUUAUAUUAUAUACGAUAUGAGCCUAAUUCUAUAUGACGAAAGGAAAAGAGUGCCGAAUAUGUCCUUAUUGUACAUAGAGCAGUGGUGUUUAUUGAUUUUAUUUAAUUUAUUGCAAAUGUCAGGGACCUGCUUUUCUUACGCAGUUGUGGAAGUGCCAAUCCUGAAGGGAUGACUGGAUGUAUUUGCCAAAUAUGGGCCACGAUUGUUCCCUGAGGUUUGUUGAGAUAUCAAUCUUCGGUUAGGGGAAAAAGCACUUUUGAUUUAUCUGUAAACUUUAUUUAAAAUCAGGUUGUGGUCACAACAUAAUUUGUAAUUUAUAUGUAGAAUUACAACCAUGUUGUAUCCAGAGAGCCCACAUCUAGUUCUGAGCAACAAUUGAGAUACUGGGUCAAAAGUCAUUUUGUCGGAUUAGAAAGUAUGUCUUCUAUGAUCAUCAUGGAAUAAUAAAAAUAUCAUCAUUGUUAAAGUUUAAUUAACCUUUGGUUAAUUCACCUUUACCUUUUGGUUUUGAUAUUAUUUUUCAAAAGUUUUGGUUUUUAUUUAGUUUUUGUACUGCAUUUGAGAGAAACCCUAUUCUGUCCUGACAAAUUCUAAUGUAAACAUUGAGGUACACAAAGAAAUAAUAAUUGUUUGAUUGUAGCCUGUUUGAUUUGAGUUUGUGGUCAUAGUGAAUAUUUGUUGAAAAAUUAAAGUAACUGCUGUAAUUUUGGGUGGAGGAGGCUUAUACAAACAAACACUCCAUUAACAAAAACCCUUGUUGAGGCUACAACGUUGUAUGAAAAAUCGGACAAUCCAUUUAAAUUACCAAAAGGCAGGCAUGAUACAUAUAACUAAUCACUGUCCAUAAUGCUCAUAAAUAAUUGCGCAAUUGAGGUAAGUGUAGGCCUAGGGUAUUGUGCCUUGUCACAAUCACUGUCAUGGAAGUAUGGCGUUUGAAUACUGUAAUAGUAAAGAAUAUAAUUUUAAGAACUCUAUUCUCUUCAUGUAUAGACUGAUCUUGAUACCAGAAUCCAAACUUGAGUCAGCAGAAUACAGGGGGUUGUGCCAAAUUCUCAACGGAUUGUUUUAAUCCAAAUCAACGUUUACAUUUAUCCAAUUUGAAUUGACAGAAGCAAUACAUCAGUGGACAAAGGGUAGAUGUAAGGGGAUCAUUUAUUUUAAUAAUGUAUUUAGUUGAACUUCUGGUUGGUUUGGCUGUCAAUAGAACUGAAUGAUGAGUACUACUACAUGUAGACUACAGUAGCCUACUGUAGUGUACCUGAAUAUGAUUUUUCAUUUUGGCUCUCGGUUUAUACUGUACUUUUAACGCAAUUUUCAUUGUAAUUGUGUCUCUUAGUCCACAAAGUGGAUAACAUUAAGUGAAAUAAAAAUAUUUUCACAUUUCCA